UGCCGUUGAGUUCGUGUGGUCAUUCGUGGAUAGAAAUAGGGUUAGAGCUAAGCUUGACGUUGCAAAAACGAUGUCACACUCCUAUAGGACCGUUUAGGACCGUUUUGUCACAUUUAGGAGAAUCUCGAGCUGUUUUCAACCGCCAAACGACUUCGAGCUCAGUCCAGAUCAGAGCCCACAAUUUGCCAUUAUUUCCUUCGAGAAAAGCAACAAGGGUAGCAAAACAUUACUUCAUUUUUUCAUCAUGUUCCAUCUAUCUUGCUUUCCAGUUGUGACGCUUUUACUCCUAGCUCUCCCCAAAAGUGUCGGGAGCGCGGGUAUCGUCGAUCAUACUCAUCACUACGAUGCUCGUGAGUGGGACGUCGAAUCGCCGCAAGGAAACCCAUGCGCUACCCAACGAGGAUUCUUUGGUUCAACUGCCAAGUUCGAGGCCUAUAUCUCUUAUCAAUACGAAUUGACGCUGAAGAAUGGAGAGUACCUUCAAGACACUCUGUUCGGUUCAGACUUAGAAUCGCGAUCGGUUGGAGAAGGAUCUAAUAUUGGAAUGCAAGGAUUGUUCGGCGCCGUUGAAGCUGGCAUUGCCAAUGCCCUUCUCGAGAGCCAAGUAUUUGACUCCGUCUGCUCGAACGGAGUCGCUCGAGGCCCCUACAAGCAGAGAGGGGAGGGGCGGAAACUUCGGCAACGGCAAAUGAGAGCUGUUGGAAUCAGCAGCAAUCCGGAAGAUCAGAUUCUCGAAGGAUUGACUUGCCGAGCGUUUGUCAAUGAAACUGAUGGUCCAUGCUUAGUAGUCGAUGGAGAGUUCGUCAUCUACCUCGACGUCUUCGAAGAAUUGGAUGAGACCAUGGCAAGGAUGCUUGAGACACUCAUGAACGACGAUCAGCAGUUGGAUAAUGCCCACCCGUACAUUCAAAAGGUGCGGUACGUCGACAUUUCUUCGGAUAUUGUCUCGGAAAACAACGGAGAAGAAAUUCAACAAGGACAACCAGGAGGGAACAGCGCAACUCUCUCCAGUAGUUUCUAUGCAUUGUUGGCUGCGGGAGCGUUCAUUAUGGUUGGAACUGCCGUGUUUUACCGAAGACGCCGUCGUGCCGCUGAGCAUGACGGUGGUACAACCUUGGCUCCGAAUGCAUCUCAGCUGCAGGAGACGCCAUCCCUCCAGUAAAAUCCUCCCCAUUUCUUCUUUUUGCAUUUGUGUCCCUUCUUCCCAAGAGCAUUUGACCGCAAGAAGCCUAAGCAAAGUAAAGCCCGCCACCAACUUACAUACCGGUACUACCGGUAGAUGCAAUGGCAUCACGUAGUCAAAGAAACCACAGCGUGACUGCAGGCAAAAAAAAUCAACAAGGGACUUUUUGGAAUCCGAACAUACAUGGCUCAAGAUGUGUAUCAUUCUACCCUGUACUCCCAGGAGGUUGAUCGUAGUACCGGUAGAUAAGAGUAUUUACUUAUUAGAUAUACGUUGCUAGAACUGAACGGUGAUGUCUUCGAUUGCGUUGUGCUGCCCAAUGGAUUGUUCAUCAGGUGACCGACCAGCCAUGU